AUGCGGGCUACAUUACGUUAUAAGGGCCCCACCUCCCAUCCACCGCAAUGGACUCCGUCACCAACAACACUAUGCCCACUAGCGAAGCUCCGGUUGAUUGGCUUGAUGACACCACUCACCGCCGAAACUCGAGCGCGCUGGCUUGAAGAACUAGCAAAACGCAAGGCCACACUUCUGAAGAAAAUGGAGCACCAAGAGCUUGCGGGUCCACUUCCCAGCUACAACACCUCAACGUCCGCAGAGCAACUAGAGCAGCAGCUAGCAGAGAUAGACAAACAGAAAGUGGAGCAUCUCGAGCAGCUAGAAGAAAAUCUGAAGGAGGACGCGGAGCUCGAGAAUCAGCUCAAAGCCAUCAUCGACAAGGAGGAAGCGGAGCGUCUCGAGCGGAUAGAGAAGCUUCUGAAAGAGGGUGCGGAACUUGACGAGCAACUCGAAGCGCUCGAUGGAAAGGAGCAGGAAAUUCUAGCUGCGAUGGCGGCCGACGCAGUCAGUCAACUCUCUCUCGAUACUUCCGAUGCCGAAGGCCAAGUCUGA